AUGCCGCCGCGUCGCCGAGCCGCCGCCGGUGCCCACCGAGGUGCCCAGUCCACCCUCUCCUUUGGCCACCAGUCCCGCGUCACCAAACCCUCAAGUACUCCCACCUCCCUCCAAAAAGCAAAGAAUCUCGAUGCCGCCACGUCAGCCUCGCCACUGAGCACGCCCGAGCCGCAGGAAGUGCUCGCCGAGGCGCAUCCGUCGCAACCGCACGUGGCCGAGUUGGCAGUACGACAGCAGGCGGUCGCUGAACUUCAAGAGCCUCUCUCGGCUGAAGAUGAGAAGGCGUUGCAGUUGAGCAAGCACGACCUGAUUGCCUACUGGAGAAAGGAAGAGCACAAGCGAAAGGCACCGAGGGUCCAUCAAGGUGAUUUGGAUGUAGAAGAGAAGAUUCUACGCCAUUUUGAUUUGUCUAGUCAAUACGGGCCAUGUAUUGGUAUUGCCCGGGUGAAGCGCUGGCGUCGGGCCAACAUGUUGAACUUGAACCCCCCUCUUGAAGUUCUGGCGGUGCUGUUGCAGGAUGAGAAUGCAAAGCAGCGGGCAAACAUGGACGAGUUGCUGUCGUAG